UAUACACUGGUACAUACCAGUAAUUUCAAAUUCCACGAGGUCAUUCAGGGUUGCUGUGGAUCAUUCAUAUGCACGGUGCCCCAUGACACGAUGUAAUGUAGACCCAGGUUUGAGCCCCACAACAAUUGUCAAAUUUUCUACAAAAAAUUUUUUUCCCUUUUUACGGUAUGUUACUGUCCACCAAUCUUUCACUUUUCUCUUUGUUGGUAGAUAUCUACCUCUUGAGGAUUUUUUAAAGGAAAAUACAAGUUCAAGAUCUAUUUGUUAUGUAGAUUGGUCUCGUGCCGGUUUCCAAUGCUACGUGUACGUGAGCCGCAACCUGUCGAAAGUGCUCAUAUGUAUAGGGAAGGGGUGCAAUCAUACGUGUCGCCUUUAAUACGUGUUAAGUUUUGAAUGGAGUUGGCCACCACCGUGAAGUUUAUUUCGUAACCGUCAACUAAGCGUCUGGGACUGAAAAUAAAUAUCUAUUUUGGAUUGGUUUUCAGUAGAUUUCCAUAAAUACAAUGCACAUUUGUAGGUGGCCCAUGUUCUGGUCGGUUUCAGUUAAAAAAUAUAUUUUGCCCCAGUGUUGGUGACCCCAAGUGACAAGUAAUAUAAUGUAAGUUACGCUCGUUGCAUGUAUUUCUCUCUUGUGGAUUAGCAUGCAUGUUGGGGACAGUGGAAUCACAGGACCGUGUUAGGAUUGUACCUGCAACUCUCCAGACAAUGCCUGUGUCUUUGUCGUAAAUUGGGAGCCAUGCAUUUGUCCCCUAUUCACCGUAACCAGUAACCUGUGCUCUAUUAUGGAUACUGCAAGGAAGUUUUUGUUAAUUUACAUUUAUGACUUUAAGCGGCAGUGCAGAUACCAUUGCAAUUGUAACCAUAGGAUAUGAUCAUAGAUGACGCCAGCAAUACCGCACAGCUCAGAGCUUUGUCAAGUACUGUCUAUAAUCCCCCGGUAAUGUGAGACCGUGUGUGUUCUGACUUUGUCCACUGCCUACUUGGGGCAGGGCCCAACUGUGUCAGCGCAGUCCCAAGUGCAUAGCCCAACUUUGGAUCAGGAGAAAUACUUUUAUCACAAAAAGAACAUGGCAAGCAAUAAGUACAUCAUGGAAAUUGUAUUUGGAAUCAAAUGGGAUAAGAAACAACUCUUAAUGAAGAAGGGUAAUCUUGGCAAUUAGGGGAAGAUACCAGCAGGUGCCAGACGGUGACUGAACGCCAAGAUAGGUUCGACUUACUAACAGGUCUCACAAAUGCCAAUGACUGAACCUCCACGGCAGAGGUGACGAUGGACAGUGCCGAAUGUGUGACCCUGGUGCCCUUUGUGCACCAGGUCGGAGGUCACACGGGAAUGAUGAAGUACGAUGAGGUGACCGUGUGCAAGCCUGUCUCGCCAGCCGAGCUCCGCUUCUACGAGACGCUUACCCCAGAGUUGGCUCAGUUCACGCCAGGCUUUAAAGGAGUCGUCCAUGUGUCAGUUCAGGAGGAAGAUGAUGGCUCAUUGAGCGUCCGUGCCUACCCAAUCAGGGUGCAGCACCAGACUCUUGCCGGCCCCCGCUGCCCCAGCAAUGGCGAACUCUGGGCGCCAGACCCAGCUGGGGAAGAGGACACAGAGAGGUCUCCAAAGUCAGACGAGCAGAAGAUGUCCCAAACGAGUCUUCCAGAAGAAAGUGACCCCUUGGACAACAAGGACUCUUCCAGCGAGGAGGACCUAUUCGAAGAUCACUCCGAGAGCAAGACAACUCGUCAGCAGUUUGAGAGAGGUAACCCCUGGGGAGUGCAUCUGAAUCGUCUCCAGAUGGCCCGCAUGCACAAAGACUUUGGCUCCAGCAAGCUCCACAAGUUCAUUCUUUUGGAGAAUCUGACUUCCAAGUUCCGCUCGCCGUGCAUCCUGGACAUCAAGCUGGGGACAAAGACCUACCACAAGGACCACUCCGAGGCCAAACGGCAGCUGCACAUCGACCGGGAUGCAGCCACCACCACGGCCACGCUAGGCCUACGUCUGUGCGGCAUGCAGGUGUACCAACCAAGCAAAGGCUGCUACAAAUGCCGAAAUAAGUACGAUGGGCGCCGCCUGGGCAAAGACGGCCUCCGGAGGGCGCUGUGUGAGUAUUUCUCCACCUGCGACCAGGUCCGAAUGGAGCUUCUGCCUCCCUUCAUCGAGAAGCUGCAGGGCCUGAUCCGAGUGGUGUCGGCCAUCACCACCUUCAGCUUCCUCAGCACCUCGCUGCUCUUCAUGUACGAGGGGGACACGGGGGACCAGUCGGGAGUGGGCGCUAGCGAGGUCUCGCGGGACUUGCUGGUGGACCUCCGUAUCAUCGACUUUGCCAAUUCUGAGUCAGACCCGGAUCACAUCACUGACAUCGAGUCCAGCAACAAAGGGUGCUUGUAUGGGUUGAAAAACCUACUACAAAUCUUGGAAUCCAUCCAGGGAACAGUAAACGAUUCAAGCUAAUGAAAGAACUGCAACUGAAAGCAGUGGAUUGCAAAUUAUGAAAUAUUCAAUGUGUACUAGUAGUUAGUAUUUAUUUUUUAAACGUGUCUAAUUUGUGCUCAAUGACUUUCUGUUUGAAAGUCUCACAUCUGUUACAUUGUUAGCGGUCUAGAUUGUAAAUCAAAAUGGUUUAUUGCGAUAGAGAGACCCCAGGCCAUAUGACAAAUACUUUGUGCAAAGCACACUAUUUUUCUGUGUACCCACAGGCACAAACAACAUGAAAACCCACGCAUUGAAAAUCUUGAAGCAAAUGUGAUGAACUGCAAAGCCUGUUUCAUGGGAAAUCACAGUAAGUUUCAACUGGUCAGGUACGAUGUAGAUGUUUAGAGCAUUCGGUGAAUGUUGUUUUUCUUUCGGCUGUGCGUAGAGGGAAUCUUGUUGUAGAUUGAGAAAUAUGGCUUUUUAGAAUUGUAUGUAUUUUUUGCUUUUUAUACACUGUAGAAAGGGCAACGGUGUUCAAGGAAUAUUUAUGCCCUGUUUUCAAAUGAAUAAUUUUCUUCCAUCAUCUUAACCAUUUGCACUACUUUGAGUGACCAAAAUAUGUUGUGAACAGAGAAUGGCACAUUCCCUUGCAAGUUUUCCAGUCUCGUUGAGCAGUUCUCCAGAUGCAGGAUCAGUAAGUGCAGUGCUAUGUGUGUUGCUGUAGAAUCAGCCAAUCCACUUUGAGGAUAAGAUGUUUGUGUUUGUUUGACCGGUUGUGGAUGUUUUGUGUAUUUUUAAUAGCAGCUCGCCGGCAAGGUUGCUAAAACCACAGAUAACGUGCCCUCAACCGACUGUGCUCAAAGCGGACAGCCAGAGGAGCAUCCAAACCAGUGUGAUAUUGAUCUUUAAAUGAAAGCUGAGUGCACAAGUGCAUUCAUUGACUGCUCAGACUUCUUGUAAACAGUCAUCUCAAAAUUCGUCCGGGAUAAGUUGCGGACAAGUUGCGGACGUUGUUGAGGGUUAUGUUGCAGGAUUCUUAACCAUAUAGUCCGCAAUCUUCCCACUAAGAUGCAGUUAGUUUGUUUACAUAAUGUGCCCCUCCUGGGGUUUUGAGCAAGGCUGGGCACUCAUGGAUACACUGUGUGUGGCAGUUAACAUUGUAAUAGCACAACUUAUAUGGGGCAACCUUUUGUGUGCACUGAGGCCAAAUAUAAACCAGCCAUUCACUCGUCCAGGACAAAUGCAGGGCUUCUUGUGGGUGAAGUCAAUGUUGCCACCCGCAACUUGUCCUGGAGGAGUCUUGAGAUUGUCCCUUAAGUAAAUCUUGCCCUUGAUGAUAAAACUGAAGGAGAAUAGCAGUGUUUUAGUCAAGUCCACCACAACCCCCUUCAAAGCUACCACGAGUCCCUGCAAGUGCCUGCAAGCUAAGUUUCCAGCUAAUCAAAUAAAUUUGGUCUCCCUGUGGCUUUGGACGGGAACUUGUGGAGGGACUUUUGAUUCGCUGGAGUACAGAGCAUUGCUAGUCCUCGAAUAAGUCUGUUUUUGUCUUUUGACACCCAGGGUGUCUUAAAUGCAUCCCUUGUCUUUUCUGCAAUUUUAUGUUAUUCUGUCUGUGCAUGAACUCAACUUUGCCAUGUACAUCUGUCUGUGUACGUGUAGGCUUUUCCCCCAGAUUAGAAUAUGUCAUGUAAUGCAUUGUGCACACGUACAAGCAAUCUGUCAAAUUUUCUAAAACUUUUUAUAAUUUCGGUUGAAAAUAACGAAAUCAGCCUUGAUGACAAAUUCAAUUCUGUCUGUGAGUAGAAAAUAUGAUAUGCUGGGAGUAAUCAUUUUAUGACUGUGAGCUUGAUAAUUUAUUUUGUAUUUGCACUCAACGAAAAUCUUUCUGAUACUCUUAUAUUUGUAUGUAUAUAUACAUGUAUAUGAAAAGGAAAUAUUUUAGAACACUGAACCAUGUAAGUUGUUGGUACUGGCAAGUAAUGCAAUCUUUGAGAAUGCUCUCUUGUUGGAAAUUUUUGUGUUCGAGUUUUUCUUAGAUCUACUAUUUAAAAGCACAGACUACAACUCAUCAAAUAUUUUGAAACAGCUUAAAUUCAUCGGCUCUCUUAUUCAGAAUCUAACAUUUCAUCUUGAUAAUUGGCUCUUACCACAGUGAUAUUUUUUUCUGGAAAGUGUUGGCAGGAAAAUGGUCCCAUUAUAAUGCUUCAUUUACUUGCUGGUCAUGAUCUAGGGAUAAAGUUAUACCUACCUAGUGUAGGUAGGGUUCACUAGUGACUUAAGCGUUUUCCCUAAUCUGCAGGUGAAUCUCAGUAACACUGAUCCAUAGCACCAAAGCAGAAGUACAUGUAUAUUUUUGCUACUGAUUUCUGUGACAUUCCACGAAACCAAAACAUCCAAUUUUUGGGGCAGGAAAAGGUUGAGGGAAGCAAGUUGAACAAGUUGAGUUGGGAAGAAGUCAUCCACUGCUGAACUUCUGCCCUCCAUUUGUGUAACAUUUAUGCUCAGACAUAUCCAACACCAUUGAUGUAUUUGACCAAGCAUGUACACGUACCCCUUCAAACAAAUGUACACGCCAGUUGCAGCUUCAGUUGGUACAAAACACAAUAGGUGUAUACUCGCAGUCAUGGUUAGAAAGAAGUCAUUGAUUUUUACUGGUGGCAGUUGCUAUUUUUAGAGGGAAUUCAAGUGUGAACUGCUUCAUCCAAUGUCUUCAUCAAACAUUGUACAGUCUGUAAAUUCUACAUGCCCACACAUUUGACAUUAACUACGAGCCCUCGGAAGUAGACUAAGAUCACAAAAACGGCUCGAAAUCUAGAUUUCAGGAAGUGUUUGAUUGUCGGUUUGUGCCUUCAUCGUUGUUUGUGGAUCCAUUGAUAUCUCACAUCCAGCACUAUGCAUGUCGCCACAGAAUGUAUUUUCAUAUAAGUGCCUCAUUCCCGCUGGAUCCUCCUUCUGUACAAAAUCGGACUGCGAAGUACUUGUAUUUGUAUGCUGCAGUAGUUAAAGGGCCAUCUAUCUAAUUCUUCAUUUUUUAUGAAUCUACGAAAUUUAGCUUUUUCUCAAGACCCGUUCCUAAUGUUGUAGCAGUGUUGAAAGUAUUAUUUUAGAGAAUCAUUAAAGUCAUUCAUUCUUUCCAAGCUACGCAUUUCUUGUAGAAUUCCAUCAACUCCGUGCUUAUUUAGUUUUUUCUUUUUUUAACGAGAGGCUGUAAAUAAUGCACUUGUAUUCAAGAGUAGACCGUCAAGCUUUCGAAGAAUAAUAAUCAUAUUUUUAAAAAUACAUAACUUGGGUCACAAGUGCCGACUUUGCUCUCUCCACACGUCCACUAAUUUCCUUAUAUGUGUAUCCUGACCAGUAAACGCCGACUGAACUGAAAGAAACUAGAAAUGUACUCUUAACGCUCCUAGGACGUGUGUUCGUUAAUCUUGAAAUUCGUUUGAACAUUGCUUUUUGAAUAUUAAACUAAGGAAGGAGCAGUGCAAAGUUGCUUGGGUAAUGGGAAAUAUGACAAAGUGUUAUGGCAUACAGCACCACUGACACUGGCGUGGAGUAAAUCUUGGAAAUCGGUGGAAAUUCUGCGAUUUCUAGUGUACGUACCAUACAUGAUCAUGACGGAAGGCCAUUUUCUCUUGGGGGAGUAGGCUCAUGUACAUGUCGAAAACGUCCCACUCUCCCACCGCUUCGACAUUUUGAGUAGUGUCUUUGCGAUGGACGAGGCUGACACGUUACAUCAGCAGACUGUGCCAUUUUCCCGAUAGGUUACUAGUCAACUCAAAGAAAUCUACACACAUGUAUGCUAAUGCAACUGAGUUAGUCUAAAACUCUAUAAUGUAAUCAAGUGUAGUAAACACAAAAAGUGUUUAAGAAAUAAACAUACAUGUAUUUGUCUAGGUUAAUGUGCGCAAACGCUUUAGCUAUAUGCCGAUUUAGAACAAUGAUUUACAUGUAAUUUAAAAUGCUCUGCGGGUUGAUUUUUAUUUUUUGGUGAUUAUUAUUGGUGAUUGAUUUACUUUAAAUUAAGUCUAAUUCAGGUAUUUCAUUAAUCAAAGAAGUAUAAAUUAUGGAAAUAGGACACAUUUAUAUGUUGUUUUCCUGGCACUUUCAGUGGUAAAUGUGGAGAAAAUAAACUGCAAUAAGGAUAGGACUGUAAU